AUGGAUGUGAUUUCCAACGAGACACUUCCAUUAUGGUUUGAUUACUUAGAAGCGGCUAGCAGUUAUUCGUUGAUGUUUGUCGCGUUGAUAACUGUCAACUUAUACUGGAUGGAAAUCAUCAUUCUCUUAGCUCUUCGCAACUCCUUUUAUAAAGGAAUGUUUUAUCGAAUAUUUACUAUCGGUAUUAUUGUUGACAUGAUCUCAUUAAUCAAUAAUUACGUUGGCUGUGUAUUCCCAGCAAAAGAAUGGUUCAUCGACUACUAUUUAUCGCUUGGUACAACUGUUGGACAUUUAUACUUGAUCAUUGCUUGGACUUCUCGCGGAAUUCAAGGAUGCACUGUUGUCGCACUAGCAUUGAACCGAGCCACUGCUGUUUGCUUGCCAGUCAGACAUAAAAGAAUUUGGUCUUCUCCGUGGGCCCCAUGCAUUCAUAUAUUCCAAAUUGGCAUUGGUUUGAUGAUCGGUUCUGCGUUGAUUCCACGAUCGUUUUACUGGAAGCACGAGCGUGUUGGCUAUUAUAUACAAUUCGAGGACAAAAAAUUCCGAUUGAACUUUUUUCUCGCCGCCUACUUAAUUGAAUCAAUUUUUGUUACUAUCAUUGUCAUUAUCAAUAUUACAAUGCUAGUGUAUUUCAAAAAGAAGUAUAGAAUGAGAACAAUUAAUGCUGCCCAAAAAGCAAAUUACAAUCGUAAGGUGAUGUCUGAAAAACAACGACAGGAAAAUAGUUUAACAAUUGUUGCAAUUGUAACGUGUGUAGCUGAGCUCAUUUAUUACCUUUAUGUGAUUUAUGCAUUUGGCAUAAAUACGAAUGUUCCCACUAGGAUUUUCUAUAUGGGAUAUAAUUUGAUUAAUGACUGCUAUUGUAGUUUGUCGGGAUGGCUGUUCUUAAUUUCUUCAGCGCCAAUGAGAAAACAUAUAAUGAAAAUGUUAAAAUUUCCGACUCAAGGCUGCAAGAAUUUGAAAAAUCUUGAGAAUAAUGUGUCAUCGGCAACAAAUAUGGAUGGUUAUAUUCGCAAUUCUGCUAGAAAUACAUCAGCAAGACGUGUGCAAUCUUUUGGAACACAAUUCUAA